UUUUUCAUUACAGAAUCUUGUUCUUGGUUAAAAAAAAAAUUAUAUUUUCAAGCUCUUUGCUUGUGAAUGGAGUUAUACUUUUGUUGGAGUGCCCUUUUUGAAUUUUAAGUUUGAAACCAAAUUGUAGCAUGCUACUGGAUUCAGUUUCCCAGUGUAUCUCAACAUGAGCUUCUGCAUGCUAAUGUUGAUGUAGUUUUUCUAGAAACUAGAUGCCCGUGGAAAAUUUUCUUUCAGAUUUUUAUCAUGAGGUGGCUCUGGUAGGACAGACAGAUACUUUUCUCUGCAUGCAGUUCCCAACUGCUGGGACAGUAAGAUCAUGAGAAUGUUUAGCUGUUAUCUUUUUUCUUUCUGAUCAUCGGUGAAAACUCAAUAUGAGUGGCAUGAAUGAAGUCCAGUCCAGUCCCAUGAGCAAUAAAAUGAAAAAUCCAGAAAACCAAACAAAUAGUAAUGGUAGAGAUGCCACACCUGGGAGUGAUCUCUGGACAGAUGGACUUAUUUGUGCUUUUGAAUAUGUUACAUCCCAUAGGAGGAUAAGUAGGUCAAAAUAUGGCUCGAAGAUUCAAAGUGUGCAACAAAUAGAAGGUGAGAAUAUGAAGAAGCAAGUGCCUGAGAACAGAGUAUCCGGGGCUUCUGCUCAAAACUUAAUUAGAAAACAUCGAUCGGAAUCUGCAUCUCUUGUUGAGUUGGGACCUGAUCAUGUUGCUCCUUUGGAUAAUCACAUAGACCAUCAGUUUUAUCAGUCAGAUCGCUAUCAUAUGACAGAAAGAUCUUCAGGAAGUCACUGGGUGCCAAUUGGGUGGGCUAGAAUUUCUGAACUCGUCCAAACCGUGCGAGUAGAUGCUGGCUGGGCCUUGCAGCAGUUUGAGGUCACGGAUGAUGAGGAUGAACGUUCUGCUGCAGAUUUAGCAGCUCCUUACUGGGAGCAGCCUGCAGGACCUGUAUGGUGGUGCCAUGUGGCUGCAGGUCACCGGUUUAUUGACACAUGGCUCAGCAAUGCUCAAUGGUUACAUCCUGCUAUCAGAACUGCUUUGCGAGAUGAAAGUCGACUGAUCAGUGAGCGGAUGAAGUACCUUUUAUAUGAGGUCCCUGUAAGAGUUGCUGGAGGGCUAUUAUUUGAGCUUUUAGGGCAGUCCGCAGGUGAUCCAUUUCACGAUGAAGAUGACAUCCCAAUUGUUCUUCGAUCUUGGCAUGCACAACGAUUUCUAAUAACUGCAUUGCACAUAAAGGGAACUGCAUCAAGCAUAAAUGUAUUAGGUAUCACAGAAGUACAGGAAGCACUUUCUGCUGGGGGUUAUAAUCAGCCAAAAACAGUACAUGACAUAAUAGCACUACUAAUGACCCGACUUUCUCGUUGGGAUGAUAGAUUAUUCCGGAAGUCCAUAUUUGGGGCUGCAGAUGAAGUUGAAUUGAAGUUUAUGAACAGGAGACACCAAGAAGAUAUGAAUCUUUUGAGCAUAAUUUUUAACCAAGAAAUCAGAAGGCUAUCAAGACAGAGCGGUGUUUUGCUCUAAAACCCUAAUCAGUUCAUGGAUGGCCAAAGAGGAAACAACCAUGCGUCCAGUCAGUCGGCAACCUAGGAAAGAGUGUCGGAGAUACACUC